AUGUCCGAAUCAGGCCCUCCCCCGCCAGGGGCUACUGCUGCUGCUACAGCCGGCAAGGAUGGCAGCGCUGUGAAAAAGGCAUUCCCACAUGUUGACUUAGCUGGACAUGACCUGCCGCCAUCGCCGGCUCCGUCAAGCCCAAGGGCGGGGAGGAGAUAUGCCCUGGCAACUGAAUUGGUGUAUACCGAGGGUAAUGACCAGUUCAAUGCCAGCAGCGUACCGAUAUACCAGGUAAAUAUCACCACUAUGAUAUCCUCCUACCUUAGUCAUGAUGGCUAUAGCUUAUUCUGCUGCUUUACUAACCCGCUCUACCAUACACAGAGUGCUACCUUCAAACAGACAUCUGGCGGUGGGGGCGGUGAAUACGACUACACACGAUCUGGGAACCCUACUAGAACACAUCUUGAACGUCACUUGGCUAAGAUUAUGUCGGCACAACGAGCACUUGUUGUAUCGUCCGGUAUGGCGGCGUUGGAUGUGAUCACGCGACUCCUCAAGCCUGGGGAUGAAGUGGUGACGGGAGACGAUCUUUAUGGAGGGACCAACCGACUUCUCAAAUACUUAUCUACCCAUGGAGGAAUCAUUGUACACCAUGUCGAUACUACCAAUCCCGAAAAUGUUGAGCAGGUACUCAACUCCAGGACGGCAAUGGUCUUGCUUGAGACUCCUACAAAUCCAUUGAUUAAAAUCGUUGAUAUACGCCGAAUCUCCACAGUGACCCAUGCUAAAAAUCCUGGUGCUUUAGUUGCUGUAGACAACACCAUGCUUUCCCCACUGCUGCUUAACCCGCUAGACCUGGGUGCUGAUAUUGUAUAUGAGAGUGGAACUAAGUACCUCUCCGGUCACCACGACUUGAUGGCAGGUGUCAUUGCGGUUAAUGACCUAACACUCGGAGACAAGCUAUACUUCCCCAUAAAUGCCUCUGGGUGCGGCCUGUCGCCAUUUGAUUCAUGGCUUCUCCUUCGUGGCGUCAAGACGCUCAAGGUCCGCAUGGAACAGCAACAAAAUAAUGCCCAGCGAAUUGCCGAGUUUCUUGAAUCACACGGGUUCAAAGUUCGAUAUCCGGGCCUGAAAUCACAUCCUCAGUAUGACCUCCAUUGGACAAUGGCUCGAGGAGCUGGCGCUGUUCUUUCGUUCGAGACGGGAGAUGUGAUGAUAAGUGAACGCAUUGUCGAAAGUGCAAAGCUAUGGGCAAUCAGCGUCAGCUUUGGUUGCGUGAACAGUUUAAUCAGCAUGCCAUGCCGUAUGAGCCAUGCCAGUAUCGAUGCAAAGACUCGUAAGGAGAGGGCUAUGCCCGAAGACCUGAUCCGUCUUUGCGUGGGUAUUGAAGAUGCAGAUGAUCUAAUCGAUGACCUGAGAAGAGCGGUAAGCCAUUAUCUCCCCUUUUUCCACAAAAAUCUGAUGUACUAA